UAAGUUCUGAUUCCACUCCCUUUUUUCUGGCAGAAGCUUAACGGUGUUCAAGCUAAAGGAUUGGAAGUUCUAGCAGAUCUGGUUCUUGAAGCAUCAGUUUAAUUUUCACUUGAUCGGAGUUGAAGAUCUAACAGCUUUGUGCAUUUAAUGCCGGAGUUUAAAGGAUUUCUCUGGGGUUAAAGCGUAACAGACUGACACGAAGUCAUUUGUACUGUUUAAUGAGCGAUUUCAGCCACACCUGAUUUAAAUAAGGCUCCCCCAUUCGUCUUUAAGCAUCUCCAAAACCAGUUAUUUUGAGAUUGCAAUAAUAUCGAACUUCACGCUUUAUUACGGUUUGAUUAAAGAGGCCCAGGGGUUGGAGGGUAAACAUCUGGAGAGAUGUGGGCCUUCUGAGCAUCGAACCUGUAUGGUUGGUGAGAAGAUUAAAGCUCGCGGUCAAAUUCCAUUCAACAAAAGUUUCUCCAUGUGGUAUGUAUGUGUGAAAAAUUCUCUCCCAAUACAGGAAUGGGGUAGUUGGAGAGAUUGAUGUGGCGAUUUGGUUCGGAGACCUUCUGUACUGUCGGAUUGAACAGGAUCACCUAUUUCGUGUCUGUUUUUCUGGGAGACUGUUGUAGAUCGGCUGCUUGUGAGGAUCUUCUAUUGGGGUUUUCAUGGCAAUGGCUUCAUUAAAUCAUUCCUCCGGAAGACUCCACUCAGGGGCCUCUGGUGAUACUUUGUACAAGGAACUCUGGCAUGCCUGUGCUGGUCCUUUGGUCACCGUUCCGCGUGAAGGGGAGCGAGUUUACUAUUUCCCCCAAGGACAUAUGGAACAGCUUGAGGCAUCAACACAUCAAAGUCUGGACCAGAAGAUGCCAUCUUUCAACCUUCCUUCUAAAAUUCUUUGCAAAGUUGUUCAUGUGCAGCUCAGGGCAGAACCAGAAACUGAUGAAGUUUAUGCACAGAUCACUCUGCUCCCUGAACUAGAUCAAAGUGAGGUUACCAGUCCUGAUCCUCCACUUCCAGAACCUCCAAUGUAUACAGUUCAUUCAUUUUGCAAGACGCUUACUGCUUCUGACACAAGCACCCAUGGGGGAUUCUCUGUUCUUAGAAGGCAUGCUGAUGAUUGCCUGCCACCAUUGGAUAUGUCCCAGCAUCCACCUUGGCAAGAAUUGGUUGCCACAGAUCUGCAUGGAAAUGAAUGGCAUUUUCGUCACAUUUUCCGAGGGCAACCUCGGCGUCACUUACUCACAACUGGGUGGAGUGUCUUUGUCAGUUCCAAAAGACUGGUAGCUGGCGAUGCAUUUAUAUUCCUUAGAGGUGAAAAUGGAGAGCUGCGUGUUGGAGUAAGGAGACUCAUGAGGCAGCUGAAUAAUAUGCCAUCAUCUGUUAUUUCCAGUCACAGCAUGCAUCUGGGGGUGCUUGCUACGGCAUCUCAUGCCAUAGCAACUGGAACCCUCUUCUCUGUUUUCUAUAAACCAAGGACUAGCCGCUCGGAGUUUAUCGUUAGUGUUAACAAGUACCUUGAAGCACGGAAUCACAAGUUAUCUGUUGGGAUGAGGUUUAAAAUGAGAUUUGAGGGUGAGGAAGCUCCUGAAAGAAGGUACAGUGGUACUAUUGUUGGUGUUGGAGAGGCUGCAGCUUCACGGUGGGCAGAUUCUGAGUGGCGAUCGUUGAAGGUUCAAUGGGACGAACCAUCAUCAAUUCCACGGCCAGAUAGAGUUUCACCAUGGGAAUUGGAGCCACUGGUGGCAGCUGCUCCUUCAAACUCCCAACCAGUGCAUAGGAACAAACGUGCACGGCCUCCAGUUUUACCUUCACCAACUCCAGACAUUUCAGUAUUUGGUAUGUGGAAACCCAAUGUUGAGCAUCCCUCGACUUUCUCAUAUUCCGGAUUACAAAAUGGGCGUGACCAGUAUCCAUCUCCCAAUUCUGCCUCCCACGUUUCCUCAGUUACGAAGGCAGACUCUCUUGGAUUCAGUGGAAUUAAUUCUCAAGCUGCAGUUUCCAGCAAUCCGAUGUACUGGCCUAACCGUGCAGAAACUCCAAGUGAGUCUUUAACUGCAAUUGCUAAUAGAGAAUCUGGAGAAAAGCGACCAGAAAGUAGUAGUGGUUACCGGCUGUUUGGGAUCCAGUUAGUUGGCAACCCCACUUUGGAGGAGACUUCACCGGUGGUAACUUUGUAUGGUGGAGUGGCAGAGGAUCGAGCAGCUCCAUCCCUGGAUGCAGACUCUGAUCAGCAAUCUCAGCCAUCAAAUAUCAAUCGUUCUGAUAUACCUGCAGUGAGCAGUGAACCUGAGAAAUCAUGCUUGAGAACUCCCCAAGAAACACAAAGCAGGCAAACUCGGAGUUGUACCAAGGUUCACAUGCAAGGAAUGGCUGUUGGAAGGGCUGUUGACUUAACACAAUUUUACUGCUAUGAUGACCUGCUGUGGAAACUUGAGGAAAUGUUUAACAUUGAAGGAGAACUAUCCGGACCCACAAAGAAAUGGCAGAUUAUCUACACGGAUGAUGAGGAUGACAUGAUGAUGGUUGGGGAUGAUCCAUGGCACGAGUUCUGUAGCAUGGUUAGGAAGAUCUUUAUUUACACGGCGGAUGAGGUUAAGAAAUUGUCACCGAAGACCAAGCUUCCAGUUAAUGGUGAAGCCAAACUGGGCAUACAAGACUCUGAAGUGGCAGUUAACAGUAUAGAGGAUCAAUCGUCCAUAGUUGGGCCGGAUUCCUGACGUUCUACUCUUGUCACGAAGCAGAAAGUCUGUAUUUUGGAGAGGGGAAAA